AUGGGUUCACACUCCUUUAAAGAGAGGAACUUCAAGAAGAAACACCACUGUGUUGUCUGCAGACAAGCCCUCGACAGCCAUGGCAUGUACUGCAGAGGUAACUCUCCCUUUCUGAAAAUUUAUCAGUCAUUGCAGCUGGUCUAUUCUUCAGGCAAAUUUGAUAUUCAGGGCCCUAACAGUAAGACACUGUGUGUGAAUAUUGAACCAGCUUUACUGCUGAAGGGAGACAUCCUGGUCAGAUGUACUCAUUGUGUUAACACCGUGUCUAAGAGAGAAUGUGUGCUCAGAGUCCAGUUUCACACAAGUAGUGUUCAUGGGUCUCAGCUUGAUUUUGGCAAAGGAGAACUUGACCAUGCGUGUAUAGAUGACCGUUUCCCUGCAGACGCCACAGUGGAGUUGCUGUUUUCUUCUGGUCCACAAAAGAGAGGUGGAGAGGUGCAGGGAAAUGAGCCGGGAGUAUCUGUGUAUUAUGGCACCGCAGAUCCUAUUGUCUGCUUGGACUCGUAUGAGAACUUUAACAUUCAACAUGAGGAUAUUGUGGAGGCUUGUAAUGUUCUCUACCUAAACUCAGUGGAAACAGAAUCUUUGACUGGCACUCAAGCCAUCUCCAAGGCAACCAAGUGCACCUUGACCCAGGACCCUCACCAAGCAAAACAGAUGUUCGGAUUUGUUGCACGGCGCAUUGGAAACAUGUGUCUCCUGUUUGCAGAGCUGGACCCAAAGCAGCCAGCCACAGCCAUUGUGAACUUCAUCGAUAAAGUCAUGCUGGGACCUCAACAGCUGCGAAAAUGA